GUUCGUGAUCUGGUAGAGCGAUGUUCGUGUCCGUCGCAGUUCCCGAUGGUCAAGGUGUCGGAGGGAAAGUACCGCAUCGGAGACACCAAGGUUCUCAUCUUCGUCAGGAUCCUGCGAAACCACGUCAUGGUGCGAGUUGGAGGAGGCUGGGACACGCUGGAGCAUUACCUGGAUAAACAUGAUCCGUGCCGAUGCAGACAAGGGCACAGAGUAGCCUUGGCCUCCCGUGUCGGCUUCAAAACCUCCAACUCUGGUCAGGAAAGACAACUCAUGAAUGUGACAUAUGACAGUCUUUCGAAAAUUAGGAGAGACUCGAGAAAAAGCUUGCUAUCAUCUGUGCUUAUGUGCGAUGAAGGUUUUGUGCCCUCUUCCCCGUCCCCUCGUCGGAGAUCCAGUGCCAGUGGCCGUGGAGUGCGGCGAGAUUCUCUUGAGGGCAGAGGGUCAUCGCUGCGACAGAGAUCACAAUCACCAGCUGCAAGAGACUCUUCUGGCUUCUCACGUGCAGGAUCAGGCAGGUUUGUUAAUGGUAAAUGGGGCCCAUCAAGUCUCAAGGAUGAGCAGACAGCUUGGCGUGAUGAUUCUUCUGAAGUUAGUGAUGAAGGAUAUAAGAGUCAGGGCAACACUGCUCCUCGAACACUGCCCAGGACAAGGAAGCCUACCUUAGCAAAGAAUGGUCUAGAUGUUGACACAACAGAUGUUUUAGAACGCCCCGAGUCUUCCAUGACGCAAAUGUCAUCUGAAGGAUCUUCAAUGUCUACAGAGGAUUCUGUUAAUACUCCCCCACGGUCACCAACCAACCCAACAACCACAACUCCAUCAUAUCCUUUGACAGAUGCCACCAACACUUGGUCUCCACCUUCACAAAAACAGAAUACUAAUAUUAGUUCCAAUACUACCCCUAAAUCAAAAAUUCCUUUCAUAGAUUCUCUCAAAAGCCCUUUCUUGGUCAACAAGAAAUCAAAGAAAACUUCAUUGCCAGAAGAAAAAUCUCCCUCUAAACCUGCUUGGAACUCUGGUCCUGGAGUUCGUCGGAAUAGUGAAGACAGAGGAAAUCGAAUUAGUCGUAGUCGAAGUGCUACUAGUGAAGGUGGCCUGAUGAUGUUGGGGAGAGAUUCUGCUGCCAGGCAGUCACUCCGCCCUUCUUCCAGAAGACCAUCUGGUUCUUUUGGUAGCAUGCAAGCAAAGAAUACUUGGAAUGGUAGAGCAUCACGUGAAAGACCAAGCCUUACUUCAGAGACUUAUAAACCACCAACUACGCCUCGCACAGUACGCUCUGCUUCAGCUUCUCCAGCCACUACAAGGCGACAUUUUGGCCAUUCAGCCCCUGUUACUCCAGUAAAUCGCUCUCCAAAACGAUCAGCGCCAGGCUCAACUUUAACGUCCCCAACUAGUGGAGGUCCUUUGCUGCAACAGCUAGCUGAUUUAGACCCUGAUGAAAAUACUUUGCUGUGCAUCAAAGAUAUUUAUGAUAGCCUUAGAGCCAAAGUGUCUCAGAAUUUAGCAGCAGAGGGUAAAUCCUUACCACCAGAAUUAGCACAGGAAUACACAACUUCCUGGGUGAAUGCCCAUGUAUCCAGUGAUAGUCAGAGCUUAGAUUCUAAACCAAACACCAGCUGUACUUCUGCAACUCCAAACAAUUCUCUUAAAAUUACACCAAGAAAGGAUGGUGUUGGUUCCAGAAUUCCAGCACCAACCUUCUUUAUGGCCCGACAAACAGAAAUAUAGCAGUGAAAGAAGUGGAGUGAAGUGAAGGCUGUGGAACAAUCUUAGCAUUAAGCAGUUUACCUGUUUGAUAUAAUAUACGUAUACAGUAAUCUAUCGUCUUGUAUCCUGAUAUCACAACAUGCAAGGCUCAUUAAGUUCAUUCAGAAUAAAAAGCAAAACUUAGUGCAUCUGAUAUAUCCUUUACUGUUAGUAUCAUGCAGGCUGCUAUUGCUACUUUGGUGUUUUCCAAUGUGAAUGGUCCGGAAGAAUUUCCAUACCCAUCGUGCCUCAGUAACCACACUAACAUGAAUGGUGCUCCUUACCGAACAUGUGAUAUGUGCAAUUUAUAUUAUUUUCCCAUUUAAUUGAUAAAUACAUUCCGAUAAGAUUACCUGUUCUAUCGGUUGUGUCAUGUGAAUACUAGUCGAUUGUAGAUUAGAAAAUUUUAAAUUGAUCAAAAAUAUGUAAAGACUUAGGCUGUUAAUUGAAUUUGAUAUUACUAUGGUACAUAGCUUUACAAACUCAUUUAAUUCAGACAUAGUAUGUUCAAGAUAAACCACAGGAUGCUUAAUUCUUUGUGUCGUCAUAUCGUCUCUAUACAGCAGUCUUAUUAUGCCAGUUGCUUUUAAGGUCUGCAGUGGUUACUAAAUAUUAUGCAGAAAAUUUCUUAAAAGAAUUUGAAUACUUUUCAAGACUGUAAAUUGCAUUUUUUAAAAGUUAAUCUCCUCCUCAAAGACUGUUGUUGCAAACAGCAUUACCUCCUCAGAGACUGAUCAAGUAAAAAGUGUUGACAUUUCAUAUUUACCCCAAAAAUGGUGUAGUUUUAUAAUGUUCUUCACAAGAUAGUGGCUUUGGAAACUGAAGUUAGGUAUAAAGGGCAUUUGUUUUAACUACAGUAUUUGCAGUUUGAUAAUAGUGCAAUAAAGCAGUUUGAAUUGGUCAUCUUAUUUUUCCAUGCAUGAAUGAAUCAGAAGAAUUGUAUUUUUAUUACUAAACAUGAGCUUAAUGUAUAAAGUUGUAAACAUUUGGGUUUGCCUUUCUAGAGAAGUUACGUAUGCAUGUAGUCAUAUUUACAGAAUGCUUAAAUCUGCAUGUGUGUGUGUUUUAUAUUCUGGAUAGAAGGCAAUCGUUAUUGCACACUGUGCAUCAUUAUACAUACUGUACUAUGCUUGUGUCAAGUUGACUAAUUCUUACUGCAGAAAGGUAUUUGAAAUUAAGUGAUGUGGUUACCUCUGAAAUUAAAAGGUCUUAAGCUACUCAAAAACAAUCAUAUUGAUUAUAUGAAGUAACAAAAAGCAUAAGAAUAAUUUCUGCUCUCUGCAGAAUAAGGUGUCAAAUUAAUUUUUGGUGCUUAUGAACUUAGUCAGAGGACUACAAAGGUAAUAUAUUUCCCUUUAAGAGUGAUUUUCAGACAUUAAGAAUAAAAUCAUUCAACUGAAUCAUCAGUGAAGUGAAAUGUUUCUUUUUUUUUAUUUAUUCUACAGGUACAUCUUAUUUUGAGGUUAUUUCAUUGAAUAAUAUUAAAUAUAUUAUCAUGUAUAACUCAUUCUGAAGAAUACCAACUCUGCAAUUGUAGUCACUUUGUGCUAAAAUGUUACAUAACUUCUUACAAGUGUAGUGUAAAGAGAAUUUUCCAACAAGUUUUAUGUUACUAAGUUGUCAUUCCAGUUCAGUUUUGUCAACAAUACUGUAAUGUAACUCUUACAAAGUGGGAGAUAAAAGGCAAGUCAUUAUCAGGUGUAUCAUACAUAAUUUUCUGUAAUUGCCUCUAAUUUGAAGAAAAUGAGAAGAAUCUUGUUUUCUGAAGGUAAAAAAGUAGGUAAAUUCACAAACUGCACAGCAAUAUAGUGACAGAAAUGGUCUAGAUAUACUGUAUGCAGACAAACUGUAUACUUUAUUUAAAUCAGGUUUAUUUAUGGUUGUUAAAUAUAGUUUAUAGGUUGAAAUUUAUUAAUAUUGUUACAUAUUUAAAAGUUGAGAGAUAAUUUAAGCACCAAAUUCUAUCAAUCUGAUUAGAUUCUAAAGUUAAUACACAUAAAUUAGAAUUUAAAACAUUACACUAAAGGAAAUUAGAGGAUGACACCAAUUUAGGGCACAUCCUUUACUUGCUUCAAAGAUUUUGCUCAGACAAAUCUUUCAAGAAAUUAAAUUUCUAUGUGCUAAAACGAUGUCUGUAGAAAUUACACUACUUUGCACUGUUAAUGCUUAAGCUUCAGGACAGUGGUAAUGGCUAAGAGCCAUCUAGAGGCAAAGAUGCUUAUGAUAUUUGCUCACCAUACUGUUACUCGUUUAAAGCACAGAGCGCAAUCUUGGCACAGUAUUUAAUGGGGAAGAUAUUUGAUUUUUCUUAUCCUUUCUGCAUCAGUUUGCUGUUUUAUAAUUGUAUUUUAGGAUUUAAAUAAUUUACUAAUCCACUUGAUUUUUGUUUUCUAUUUUAUGUUUGGGGACCAAAGUGUUGACAAGGGACUAUUAUCAUGCGUAAAGGUUAUUUAAUCUAUUAAACUGUAAAUAAUGAUACUGAAGUCUUGAACAGGGUACGUGUAAGACCUUUCAGAUUAUAUGUAAUCAAAAUAACUUUUAAUCUUGAGUAAUGAUAUGCUACCCAACAGUGUAUUCUUUUGAGUUGUUCAUUUGAGGAAGCACUAUGUAACACUGGUUGUUAUUACCUGUAUAGUGACUGUACAUUUUUAUUAAAAAAUCAAAAGUA